UAAACGCAGCGCUCGCGCGCACUAAACACGGCCAGGCACCCGCUACACAAAUGUUAAGGUAAGGUACUGCACCGCGACGGUGUAGCUGCUGCUGUGGAGGUCGAGCCAAGAUCGAUCAGGGUUGGGCAAGCAUGAUUGCGCGCUUGACCCUUGCACUCCCAUGUCGCCCGGCUAAACCCCGGCUUUCUCUCAUUUUUUCGAGAAACGCUCGCCUUGAAGCGCAAGCACGGCCGCGACAAUUCGUAUCAGGGUGCAGUUGCCGAUCCCACCCACACAUCAGCAACCAUGCCUCCACGAUUGAACAUCUGGUCGGCCUGCAGAGCCCUUUCUCUGCGGACCCGACCGCUUGCCCAAGGGCCAUCGCCGGCCGGGCCGGCUGCUGUCCUGGCGAGGGGACUGGCCGACAACACGACGCCGCGCUCGGCCAGCAACAGCAACUCGGGCGCGCAGCCCCCGUCCACGGUGCCGGACAGCGAACCACCCUACACCAGCAAGGAGAACGAGGAGGCGUUGAAGCAGCUGAAGAUGAUUGAGUACGGCCUGAACCCCCUUGACCCGGCGGUCGAGGGCCACAAGUUCGGGCUGCCAGAACUGCCGCUGCCGUCGCAAAAGCACACCAAGUACCGUUACGACUCGGUUGUUGCGCAGGUCACGAGGCUGUUGAUGCGAGAUGGAAAGCUGGCCAAGGCACAGCGGGAUAUGGCCAUGAUCCUCAACUACCUCCGCACAUCACCACCGCCGAGGCUCGAUCCGUCGAGGCCGCUCCUCCCGGGCGCCCCGCCGGCGCACCACCUGCCGCUCGACCCGGUCCUCUACCUCUCCCUCGCCAUCGACUCGGUCGCCCCGCUCAUCAAGCUUCGCGGCUUCAAGGGCCUGGCCGGCGGCGGCAAGUCGCUCGAAGUGCCGGUGCCCCUGCGGGCGCGCCAGCGGAGGAGGACGGCCUUCAUGUGGAUCCUGGACGUGGUCAGGAAGAAGAGGUCCAAGGGCAGCGGCCGGACCAUGUUCCCGCACCGCGUGGCCGAGGAGAUCGUCGCCGUCGUGGAGGGGAGGUCGAGCGUCUGGGACAAGCGGACCCAGGUCCACAAGCUCGGCACCGCCAACCGUGCCAACCUGACGCACCAGGGCGUGAAGGGCAUGAUCUGAGUCGGGGAGACCUAGCCGGGGCGUGUCGUUGGAUGGGGGAAGAUGGCAUUGUUUGGCGUGGUGUUAUGGGAGCUGCCAUGGAGCUGUCCCGCAAAAAGAGAGCGCCGUUGUGGUUCAUUUUCUCUCUUGCUUGUGGUGGCCGUCAAAGUCCUGUACUGUACAUUAUUUGUAUGGAUUAUUACCCUUUUGCACCUUGUAAUCGGCAUCCUCAACCCCACGCUCUCCGACUUUUUG